AUGAGGGUGUUUUUGAUCGGUCUGUGUGUGUUCAGUACGGUGCUUAUGUCAACCGCCAUUGACGCUUACUAUGGCAUGCCCACAUAUGGCUCAUAUGGGGGUGGCGCUGCUAUUUCCCCACUUGGAUACGGGUACGGGGGCGGAUUUGGCGGUGGUCUAGGCGGUGCUGGCGGCGGCAGCGGUGGUAUGGGUGGAAUCUUUAACAUCCUCAUCUUCCUGUUCGUUUUCAUCAUCAUCAUCAACGUCUUGUUUGGUGGAGCCGGUGGUUUUGGCGGACUCGGAGGAUCAGGAAGCAGUGGCAAGAGUGGUAGCAAAUACAUUGGUGGCAGCAACUAUGGAGAUGACUUUAGCCACAGCAACUAUAAAAAAUAA